CUAGAGGCUUACUCACUCACCGUGUUGAGCUGACACCCGCAUAAAUACAAAUAUAAGGUUUGGACAAAUCAGAAGAAAUCAGCAUUUCACAAAAACAAGAAUGGCAGCAGCUGUUGCUUCAUCACCCCCCAUUUUCCUCGUAGGAAGAGUUAAACAAACUAAAGCCAUUGUUUGCAGCCAAUUCAAGCAUCUUGGCUGGGUUUCAGUUUUUGUAAUUAUUGUAGGUGUGUUGCCUCCCAGUGGAUCUGUCUUGCCUAAGCCUUCCAAGUUGCUCAAGAGAGUUCUAGGCACAAGUCGAAAUACUCCAGUUACUGCCAAGGCAGGGACUUCAAGUAAUGGCAUUGCACCAACAAGACGUUGUAUUGUUCUGGACAUUGAAGGAACGACUACUCCCAUAUCGUUUGUCACGGAUGUUCUCUUUCCAUAUGCUCGUGACAAUGUGGGGAAGCAUCUGGAGCUGACAUACGAUACUGCAGAAACUCAAGACGACAUUGAAUUACUACGAGCUCAAGUGCUAGAAGAUGUUGAGAAGAAUGUUGUUGGGGCAGUUCCGAUCCCCACACAUGGAGACAGAGAGGAGGUAAUUGCAAGUGUCGUUGCGAACGUGCAGGCUAUGAUCAAAGCCGAUAGGAAGAUUACAUCCUUGAAGCAAUUGCAGGGGCAUAUAUGGCGGACAGGGUUUCGGAGUAACGAGAUAGAGGCCGUAGUAUACAAUGAUGUACCCGAAGCUCUAGAAAAGUGGCGCGCUAUGGGACUGAAGGUGUAUAUAUAUAUAUUCGAGUGGGGUAGCAGAUUGGCGCAGAGGCUAAUUUUUGGCAAUACGAACUACGGUGAUCUCAGAAAAUACUUAUGUGGUUUUUUUGAUACUACUAUUGGGAACAAAAAGGAAACAAAAAGCUACCAAGAAAUCUCGGAGUCUCUUGGAGUUGAUGAUCCAUCACAAAUUUUAUUUGUCACUGAUGUAUAUCAAGAAGCUACAGCUGCAAAAGCAGCAGGUUUGGAGGUGAUCAUAUCUAUCAGACCAGGAAAUGGACCGCUUCCAGAAAAUCAUGGUUUUCAGACCACUAAUUCCUUGUCUGAAAUGAACCCCUGUUAAUACUGACACAUGUAACAUAAUCAAAUAGGAGAGUUUAUAAGGAAACUAAUUAAAAAUUGCGCGUUCUUCUUCCUCGGCAAGCCCUAUUCCAAAUUGAAUUCAGCCGGACUCUCGACCAUUGCAGCUGAGCUCCGGAGAAUCCAAAAUCGAGACGCCACCACCACCACUUCUUCCUCCCUCCGCGCCUCGAUCUCGACCAUUGCUUAGCGCCGCUGAGCUCCCCGCCGAUAAGCGUGUGCAAAGCUCGUGUCGAAGAACGCGUAGAAGAAGUUCAAAAGGCGAACUCUCGACCUCUACCUCGAUUACUCGGGUGCUUAGCAUAUGGAGUACCUUUUCAUUUUGCAAUAUAUUUAGAAAAACCGCCCUAACUUCUCUCACUUUCCCCAUUUCCUUGUCAAUCGCUCUCUCCACUCUGUGUCGCCGCCGUGAUUCUCCUACCCUCAACCAGACAUGGUCUCCGUCUCCAGCUUGGUGUGAAUUUUCACAAUGAAUCGGUUAAUUCCACAAUUGAACCGAUUGAAAUGGCAGUAGCCUGAGACUGUUUGCGAGCUUGUUGGAAUCUCUGUUAAUGUUAUCUCGUUGAGUAUCGGGAAGAACUUGACAAGUUGAGAAAUAAUUUUGUCAAAAGAGCAUCUGAAUUCCCAAGGAACUAUUUUACUAGUUUGGUGGAUUUCAUGAUGAGUGAUAAGAGUUACUUCUCUCAGCAUGGACAACUUAAGAGGCUUGAUCAUGCUGAUUUGAGAUACAAGUGCACGACAUAUGCACGCCGCUUGCAACACUUGGAGAUUUGCUACUCAUGCAACACGAAUGGAGCAAUACCUUCUAGGACAAUGGAGGAAUCUGGUUGACCAGGCUUACACAAAGUUUUUUCUCAGUGUGCUAGUUUGGGAGAUAGAGCUCAGGUUGAGCAGCUGGUGCAAUAUAUUGUUGAGGAACCCUAGAGGAUACUGAUAACAAAAGGACCUUCAGCUUCCAAAUGUCACAGGUUUUACUUGGAAAAUGACAUCUCAACAGCAAAAAGAUGAGUAUUAUCAAGAAUUUUGAGUAAGCAUAUUUUUUUAUUAAUAUUUGGAGUUAGCAAAAUGAAGUUUGUGAAGUAGAAAACUUAAGGUAUAAUUUUUUUGGUAGACAAAUGACUGUAACAAGAAAUAUUGUUCGAGUAAUGUUUGUUUGUGUUUGGGAAUUGAAUACUGAUGGUUGUUUAGAUAUCUCAUUUUUUCAUUAAUACAUCUCCUUUAUCUUGUUUCCUCCUAUUUUCAGGCAAUUUUGCGAGGAAUAUUUUGGUUGCCAACCCUGACUGGAGAAGUUGUUGUAAAGGUUUGUUUAAAUUUACUUCCUUUUUAAAGUAAACAAGUACAAAAAAGGAACAUGGUCAUAGCAACUCGGUUCCAUUUUUAUCUGUUCGUGUGCCUUUCUUCACCUGAUGUGUCUAGGUUGAAGGGAUGGUCUGGUAGGGUUCAUUAGUUUCUGGUAUGAGAGAUUUGCUGUAAUGUACCAUCUUCUGCACUGUCAUUCUACUACUGAAUACUGAAGUUGACUACUCUUUUUGUUUGUAUGUACACCUUAGUGUUUGUAUGUACACCUUAGCAUGCAACCUGGACAAAAGGUUGUUUUGAAGAAAAAAGGGAGCUACUGCUGCAAAACGUGGAGCAAGUUCAUGAUUCCCUGGCCUCAAUCGAUGUCUGGACUUAGAAAGUCACAGGGACCUCGAGAGUGUUGGAGGAUCAUGUGAACUCCGUGUUGAGGUACUCUGAAGUACUCUACAAGCAGUCUAAGAGAAUAAUGUCGACUCAAAGGGAGGUGAGUGAGGUGCAAGCUUUGAUGAAGGAGAAUCUGGCACAGGGAAUAGCGUUGCUUCAGAGCUCGUACGAAAAUCUUAGAGACAAAAUUGCCAAGCUGAGAAAUGAAGCAGCUGAGACGGAGGUCGAGAAUGGGAAGGUUGGGAUGCAAUGUCAUCGAGUGAGUGUCCUGCAGAGUAAAGCAGACGGUAUUGGGAAUAUGGUUGUGUGCGUUGGAUAAACAAAAAGAGCUUUUGGACCAGCUGGCCGUAGCUGUCGCUAUAUUUUCUUUUUAACAUAAUGCAAUUAUACAUUUCAUACUUCCGUUGCUUGUUUUAACUACUAACAUCUAGGGACCUGUUCAGUGUAUUAGAUAUAGCCAGAAUUGGGUUUAUUUCUAUGCAUUUAUGGUGUUUAGUGUGUA